GAUUGCAAGAAGAGAGCAAAGAUCUUGUCCAAAGGAUGCUUCUUUUUGAGUUGACUUAAACUGGAAAAGCUCUAACUGUUGCCUAAAUACUCAAGCUGACUUAAACUGGAAAAGCUCUAGCUGUUGACUGGAUACUCAAGAAUGCCAGCAAUUCUGCUUCUGCUAUGGCUGAGCAGAAGUCAGUGUGUGUUUCGGUGGAUGAAGUGGUCUCAAAUGGCACAGAUAACCAAGAUGCUCGACUGAUGAAUGGGCACUUAAAAAAGGUGGACAACACUCUGACAGAAGCUCAUCGUUUCUCCUACCUGCCCCGCAGACCAGCUGUGAAUAUUGAGUUUAAAGAACUAUCGUACUCUAUCCAGGAAGGGCCAUGGUGGAGGAAGAAGGGUUACAAGACCCUUUUGAAAGGAAUUUCAGGGAAAUUCAGCAGUGGAGAACUUGUUGCAAUUAUGGGUCCUUCUGGCGCUGGGAAGUCGACACUCAUGAACAUUCUGGCAGGAUACAGAGAGACGGGAAUGAAAGGAGAAAUUCUCAUCAAUGGACAGCCUCGUGACCUGCGCUCUUUUCGCAAAGUCUCCUGUUACAUCAUGCAAGAUGACAUGCUCCUUCCUCAUCUUACUGUCCAAGAGGCUAUGAUGGUAUCUGCUCAUUUGAAACUUCAAGAGAAAGAUGAAGGAAGAAGGGAAAUGGUAAAGGAAAUAUUGACAGCCCUCGGCUUGCUCGCAUGUGGCAACACGAGGACUGGGAGUCUUUCUGGAGGCCAGAGAAAGCGUCUUGCCAUUGCUCUGGAGCUGGUGAACAAUCCUCCUGUCAUGUUUUUUGAUGAACCAACCAGUGGCUUGGAUAGUGCAUCAUGUUUUCAGGUUGUCUCGUUGAUGAAGGCUUUAGCCCAGGGGGGCAGGUCCAUCAUCUGCACGAUUCACCAGCCCAGUGCUAAGCUGUUUGAAUUGUUUGAUCAGCUCUAUGUUUUAAGUCAAGGUCAAUGCAUUUACCGUGGGAAAGUAUUAAACCUAGUCCCUUACUUGAGAGAUUUGGGUUUAAAUUGUCCAACCUACCACAAUCCAGCAGAUUUUGUUAUGGAAGUAGCUUCUGGCGAAUAUGGAGACCAGAACAGCCGGCUGGUCAGGGCCGUGCAGGAGAGGAUAUGUGACACAGACUACAAGAGGGAUGUUGGUGAGAAUGAGUUGAACCCCUUCCUCUGGCACCGGCCUUCUGAAGAGGAUUCGUCCUCCACAGAAGGCUGCCACAGCUUCUCCGCCAGCUGCCUAACCCAGUUCUGCAUCCUCUUCAAAAGGACUUUUCUCACCAUCAUGAGGGAUUCAGUCUUGACGCACUUGCGUAUCACCUCACACAUUGGAAUUGGACUGCUCAUUGGCUUGCUGUACUUAGGGAUUGGUAAUGAAGCUAAGAAGGUCCUCAGCAACUCUGGCUUCCUCUUUUUUUCCAUGUUGUUUCUUAUGUUUGCUGCGCUCAUGCCAACCGUCCUUACAUUUCCUCUUGAGAUGGGAGUAUUUCUUAGAGAGCAUCUGAACUACUGGUACAGUCUGAAAGCCUACUAUCUUGCUAAAACCAUGGCUGAUGUUCCUUUUCAGAUCAUGUUUCCUGUAGCUUACUGCAGCAUCGUGUACUGGAUGACCUCGCAGCCAUCUGAUGCACUGAGAUUUGUCCUCUUUGCAGCCUUGGGAACCAUGACAUCCCUGGUGGCUCAGUCACUGGGUCUUCUGAUAGGUGCAGCCUCUACAUCCCUCCAGGUGGCCACUUUUGUGGGCCCAGUUACUGCUAUCCCAGUGCUUCUGUUCUCUGGGUUUUUUGUCAGCUUUGAUACCAUUCCAACGUACCUCCAGUGGAUGUCCUACAUUUCCUAUGUCAGAUAUGGGUUCGAAGGAGUUAUUCUCUCCAUCUAUGGACUGGAUCGAGAAGAUCUGCAUUGUGACAAAGAUGAUACUUGCCAUUUUCAAAAAUCAGAGGCAAUUCUGAGAGAACUAGACGUAGAAAAUGCCAAACUUUACCUGGACUUCCUUGUGCUCGGAAUUUUCUUCUUCUCUCUGCGCCUAAUUGCCUAUUUUGUCCUCAGAUACAAAAUCCGAGCAGAGAGGUAAAGGAAAAAACAACUAUAACAACGCAGUAGGAAAAACUUUAGACAUGCAGUAGAGGGCACUUGACAUUGUCUCACUGUGGCAGGCCGGUCUCCAGUGCCCAGCUAGAUGCUGUUAUGACCUAGCCCAUAGAGAACCGCAUUGGGAUAGCGGACAUAUAGUGUUAAGCCAAUCAGUCCAGUUGGGUUGGGUCAUGUUUUCAUUACUCUUUCUAGCUCUAACUAGGAAGAAGAAAUAGAAGGGAAUUUUAUGACACAGAAUUUCAAUACUGAGGUAGUGUAACUGUAACAAAAUACGUGGUUACAGGAACUUUCCUUAUGAAAACCAAUUCUGUGAUAAGGUAAUACUGGUCCUGGUAGCCAGCAUAGUAGAAUGUCAUCGUUAGGUGACAAGGUAAUGAGAUGCAAAAUGGGGGAUGCAAAGAAAAUAGGUUUCUGUCAUCUUUUAAAAUUCAAAAUUUCAUCUUUGCUGUUUUCUAUGUAUUAAUUUGCAGUUCUUUUCCACAGAAUUACCCCUUCUGUCCAAAAAUCUGUAAAUGUAUUAAUUAAUAAGAAAAAGCUAUCUUUUUAAUAUGGAUACUUUUUUAAAACAAAAGAAAAAACUAAAGUGAUUCAAGUCACUAUUUUUGUUCUAUCGAAAUUUAGAAUUUUGGUGCUUUACUUGUUGAGCUGGUCUCAUAUCUGAAAAUUGUAAUGGUAGGAUGAAAAGGCAAAUUCUGAGUCUGCACUAAAGCUGUGGUCCAUAUUUGGAAACAACAGUAGAUAGCACAGGCAGUCAAGCACAUUCAAGCUGUUGCUGGAUGAUUGAAAAAAAUGGUUUUUUUAGGUGUCUUAAAUCCUCCAUAUUUGUGGUAUUUAAAAUACUAACUCUGUUCUUUAUCCAUUUGAACUACCUCCUGUGAACAAAAACAGCAAAGCGCUCCAGGGUUCAUUUUCUCUUAAAUUGUGGAAGCAGAAUCUAUCCCUAAAGCCUGAGGGACUGUUAAAGUCUCAUGGCAUGACAGAACUAUCCAUAGCGCAAAGCUUGGGGUAUUACGUAGAAACGCUUGUGACUGCCUCGUGUGGCAGUACUCAAAAUACCUGUAACACAUUACACGUAGGGUUGUCCUCCAAAUAUGCAAGGGCAGUGUAGUAGGGCAGGGCUAAUUAUGCCAAGCAGUUUUGUUCUCAUCCAAGUCUACAUGCGUCACAUGGGCAUUGAUAGCUUAUUGAUCUAUAAACACUGAUGAAACCAUUAUAUGGGGCAUGCAUUUGUUUGCAUAUCUCAUCUUGCAAACUUGGCAGGGGGACUCCUCGUUCCAAGUUGAAGCAAAUUUUGUCACUGAGUUUCAGGGAUUUGAGCUUUCAACCUGAAAUGAAAGCAUGGGACCCAUACCCAUGUUGGAUGCCCUGGUAAACUCCUGUGCGAAUUCCACUACCUUUUGCGGUUAUAUGUUUACCGUAGUAUUGUAGAGAUUCAAGUCAGAUGCACAGAGUCUAUAAAUGCAUUAUUUCUAUCAGGAAGCUGAUACAAUUUUAAGAAGUCUUGUAAAUUGAAAGCAGCUCAGUAUCAGCAAACCAUUCAGGAGCUCAGCAACUCAUGACAGUAGAGAAGUUGAAGAGAGACCUUUUGCAUCUGCUGGUCACUAGUACUCACAAUUCACAGACUAUUUCUGAGGAAAAUGUUUUCCGUGGCUACAUCUGUACUAGUAAACUAAACAGUGCCGAGGCCGGCUCUCUGGCCUUUUGGUCGAUUUGCACAGUCUGUCCAUACUGUUAAGCCUUUGACUGAUAGGAAUGGUCCCCGACUGUGCUAACUUCUGAACAGUGCCGAAACAUUAUCUGGAAGAGCUCUGAUGGCCUAGGCUGCAGCUCUGCCAUUCAGCAGUAAAGACAAUUGUUUUCCAGUUCUUUUUGGCCCAUACUCAGGACCGCUUAAUUUACCGAUACAGACAUAGACUAUAUGUAGCUCUAUUAAACUCAAAAUGCUCAAGUUAAGCCUGUGUUCUGAACGAUUGAAGUCAAGUCACAUCUUUCAGGAAGGUUAGUUGAACUUUCCCUGGAAAAAAGGUUCAUCUGUGAAAACAAGGUCAAUCUUUACUGUAGAAGUGAAAAAAAACCCAACCCAACCCAACCCAAACCAAAAAAAACUUACACAACCUCUUUACAUGGUGCAGGAGCUCACUGCUUUUUCAUAAAGUCUCCCUAGGGCCAGCAGAGCUGUCAUGGGGUUCUGCAGCAUUUGCAGGCAUAAUCAAAAGGAGUUAUGGGCCUACAUGGCUGUCAGAUAUAAGAAAUGAAGGAUUUUGGCUAUUAUAAAUAAUAUUCAUAACUGUCAACAGUUUGUCAGCAAAUCAGAAGCUGAAAUCUCCUGACAAAACAUGACUUGAUUAUUUGAGGACUCUCAGAAUAUUUGUGAAUAUUGCAAACUGUUCAAAAGCUAUUUGCAAGUAGAUAAAAGACUACGUUUGCCAAAUUACUCUUUGGUUGCACACUGCUAGUCCAGCUGUAGGCUAGCUGAUUAGGAAAGAGUGGGACAAUCACGGCAUUAAAUAUAUUCAGGGCAUGUGUUGUGUGUUUACCAACACUAAUUUACCAAAUACCAGACUGAAGAUCACUUGCAGUUUACCAGACAGAAUAACCUUGUUGAUAAGACUGGUAUUUCAGCACUGUUGACUUAAACAGUGAAAAUACCUCUUCUCCCAUCUUGUCCCAGUAUAGCAGAAUGAGCUCCCUGGAUGCUGUCUUGUUAUCUGUGCCUAUACCUCUAUUUGUAGACAUUCUUGUUUGACUUCUUUAGUCUGUAACAUAUCCUCCUGUACUGAACUUUCUAUUGUACUGUGGUAGUCAAACGUCUGAUCCUCCAUGGGUGUUCCUAAGCAAAUGUAUGCUGUGGAAUAUUUUCAUCAUUCCUUUUUUGUUAGAUAUGCUUUUUUGUCAGCCAUCUGCUGUAGAGCACUUUGCUGAAAGUUACUAUUCUAAGGAACACUUUCAGACUGUAGUAUCCCAGUAAAGAAAUAAAUUAAGUCUGUUGAAACUCAGUGCUGCACAUAAAUGAGAUAAUCAUUUUUUCCUUCCUUAGCUCUAAAAUUAACAAGUGAUGUCUCUUCUGCUGUUAACUUUGGGACAGAAAUAUUUUAAGUUCAUCCCAAUUAUAUUUUUGUAUGCCACAAAGUUUUUACCAUACACUCAACUUGGUCUUUUUCCCUUUAUAUGGAAAUAAAUUCUAAUAGGCUGGUAUAAAAAGCAUUCCCGUGUUGAUGGGUUGAGCUUGCAUGUGCAGGAGUGUAAGCAAGAACAUUGUCAAACACUGGGGGCUUCAUGCUGAAGAAUAACGAAGCCAAUAAGAUUAAAAAUAUCAAAUCCUCAACUGAUAUAAAUAACUAUAAAUUGGGUGAAUCGAUUGCAUUAUGACCAUUUGAAUGAGGUCACAAUCUGACUAAAAAUUGCAUGAGAGGCACAAAUAUUUUUAAAGGUCUCUUGAAGACUGAGUGUAUCAUUCCUGUUGUAUUCUGUUGGCUUCCUUGUUUUGUUUUGACUUGUUUUGUGCAGUUACAUUGUGACGUGUUGCUUCAGUUAAGCAUCAGUUGAGCAUCAGUUACGAUUUUUUGCUCUUCAUUUUUUUUUUGACUGAAACUUGAAUAUAGACUGAGAAGGCCUGCAAGUUUUAAAAAACAAUAUUAAAAUUUCUUAUUUGCAGUUAAAUAAAAGAUUUGGAAAAUGUAUUCUGCUUGUAAGGAUUUGAGAAAAUUUCAUCUUUGUGGAUCAAGGGGAGUAACAAAAACAUCUAGUGCUGAAAUCCUGUUCACUUUUUAAUAUUUGGAGCUCAAAAUAUCCCUUUUCUCGUUAAAGGAGAAGAAAAUGUAUAUAUAAAAGAGGGAAAUCUGGUUAUGUAAGUGUGAGAUAAUGAAUACUUGAGUUUGAGGUAGUGGACAUACCAAAUGACUGGCAUGUCAAUUUUCCGUUUUGUGUCAAUGUCCGUAUUGACAACAGAAAUGAAUAUUUUGCUAAACGUUUGGUUUUAGAAAAACUAUAAUGGUACCUACUGACCUGUACAACCUCAGUGAUUCUCACAGAAGGAGAUCCUAUUUACUGUCCUGGCUACUCAACCUGAGAUGGAUAUCUUCUACUUUAAUGGGAUCCUUUGAGACCCUGUUCCAGCAAAGUACUUAAGUUCAUUAGUAACUUCUCACAUCUCUGUUGUACCAUCUGAAUCAAAGGAACAACUAAUGUCUUUAAAAUGAAGCCUAGGCUUAAGUGCUUUGCUUGGUGAUGGACAUAUUGCACAGGAAGACUGAGAUGCUGGCUGUGUAAACAGACUCAGAGACUACAGUGAGAAGCUCAUUUGCUUUGGGUUAUCCUCUGUGAAAUGACAGCAUUACACUAAUCUUGAAAUAAUUUUUUUGAAUCACAGAAUCCUUUUUUUGAGGGGAAGAGGAGAAUGAAAACCAAGCAUAGAGAGAAGUGUAUAUUUUUCUAUAUAUUUACUGUGACUUGCAGCAUUGCUUUUAUUAUCUGCACAACUUUGGUAAAGAAGAAAAUGAACUUUAUAUUUUUUUUCUGCAGGACUGCUUUAUAUUCUAAAAGUGUCAGCAUUUACUUUUACUUCCCAAAUCUAAAUAUGGAGGCAUCUUAGUUUUUUUUCAGUGUAGCUUUCACUGAAAUACAGUUUUAUUCUUUUGUCUCCUGCCUUGUGCCAGUUGUGUUCAGGAAGGGUAACACGGGACAGAGCAAGAGAGUUAAGGUGCAGCAAGCUUACGUGUCCAAACAGCUUCCCAGAAAAUCCAUGUGAGAAGGAUUCAAACCAUGUGCACGCCUCUUUCUUCUGCAGCCUCCUGCGAUCUCUUUGUCACCAAGUUGUAUUAUUACCAGUCUCAUUUCAUGGCCGUGUAGGGGAGAGGAUCGCGUGUAUUAGUCCUGCCUAAUGCAAGCGACCGCCCCAUCACUGCUGGAUUUGUUCUUAUGUUGUUGUUAUUGGGUGAAAGGUAGUCCUGUGAGGUUUAGCAAGAAGACAGUGUUUGACGCUGUGGAUCUGCUCUGAUGCUCCUUGAUCUUAGUGCAGUGGGAGCUGGCCUGGAGUCUUCUUCGUAGCGGCUGAAUACAGCAUUUUCUGUUGCAGUCUGGCACUGACUCAGCUGUGAUGUUUCCUCAUUCAUGGAAGUUUUUGAACACACGCACAUCAGUGUCUUGGGUUGGGUGGGAUUUAGGCACACACAGAUACUUUCCUGAACAGGACAGCUCUCCGAAUGAGCUAUUUUUGUUUUGGGCCAAGCUUUGUGAGUUUGUGUGAAUGUGGUUAGAAAGGGCAUCAGUUGCAGAAGUGGCAGCGAGGCAGAGCCUCCUCCUGAGUGCGAGGAUGGCGGUUGGGGUGCAGUGGCCAGGUGCAGCACGGGCCUGGCUGAGAAGACCUAGGUGCGGAGGGAAAGGAAAUGAUGUGCAUUUUUCACUAUUUUUCACUGUUUUUCACUAUGGUUACCCUGACUGGGCCAAGGAAAUGCAAUUCUUUUUUGCUUUUAUGUCCCAUCAACUGAAUAGUGUUUUUGGAGAUGGAUUGUCUCACCAAAGUUCUCUAAAAAUGGGAGGCCCGGUCUAAGUUCAUCAUUUGCAUUUCUCUGUAGUAAAAUGAAAGAAAUGGACAUGUCCAGGAAAAAUGACUUGUCUCAGGCAGACUUACCUCAGGCACCGGUCCCUUAGUGAGAGGGAGAGUGGAGAGUUGUCGCAAACUCGAAGCAGGUGACUGACUUAGGUGAGACGCCAAGAUGAGAGCUACAGUGAAAUGAGAUGAAUCCUACUCUUCCAGGCAGCAAUAGUUCGUCUGUGCUCCUAGCUAGCCCUAUAUUUACCAGCCCAGGAGUGAAUUAUUUUUCGGGAAGUUUGUCUCUAGGUUUGUUUCGUUGUUACAAUUGGCAGUGGUUCCUAACUCUGCGUUUGUGUUGCGCUGUGGGGAUCUGAAUGUUAAGUUAAAUCUUAUAGUGAUUAAUAUGGCAAAAAUGGUUUUGAUCAGACCUUCACUGUUCACCCAGGAUCUCUAUUACUCAAAUAUGACCUGCUCCAUCUGUAGCACUGGGAGAGCUUUUAUUUUCAGUCAUUUUGUGUGCUGGUUGCUGUUUAACCUUGCAUGCUGUGCCGUAGUGUUUUUGUUAGCCCCCAUGACGCUAGUGCUGGGACAUUAAACUGCAGUUUUUCACUGAUCUUUUGCAUUGUCAAAUCCUAACCUGGUGCUGAGCAUGCCUGUAGGCACCAGCGAUGCAAAGCUUGUAGGUGCGCUUUGGAGCCCAGCCAGUAACAGCUGUUUGCCCAGCGGUGGGUAUGACCUCUCUAGGCAGCGGAGACUAGAGAGGCACCUACAGAAAGCAAUUCUUACACUGAUCCUAACAUCUCAUUUAUGAUCUUUCCUAAGCACCUGCUUUGUGCCCAGCCUGAGACAGGAUUCAGACGUAGAUAAUUUCACAAAAAAGUAUGCUCCAGUGAGAUGUUUUGCCCAUGAGAGGUAUGCAACUCUUGCACUGACUGCUGAGGGAGCCUAGGCAAGUACCUUUGGUUAGCUGCCCACCUGUGGACAGCUCAAGUUAAGGGAGAGGAGUCUCCGUACAUUUAAACAUUAGCUAAAGCUUUGGUGCUUAGAGUUUUGGAGCAGCAAGGUCAAGUAAUUCAUUGCUCAAAUGGAAACUUUUGUUAAAACUGGUCUUGGAUUGUGGGUACCUCAGCAUACUUGGACAAGUAGAUGUGGGUUGAUUUAAGUUACUCUGUUUAUACAGCCCUACUGUAAAUUAGAGAAAGGUCAGAAUUUCAUUCUGAACUCUGACGGUUAUGACUGUUGGUCCCUUUAAUGUUCACAUAGGGCAGCAAAGAUUCCUACCAAAAGCAGGAAUAUUAGAAAAUGUUGAGGUUAUUUUUGGUGCUAACCCUCAGGCUCCUCCAGAGCAGGGUAACCAUGGUAGAUGAUGGCUCUGUAUUUCUGUGGAGUGGCUGCGAGUGGCAGCUGCAGAGAUAUUGCCCCACAGGCUGUCCCCUUUUCUUUGAGGCCACGAAUGAUGUUCCUGUGUGCAUCCAUUUUCAUACCAGAGCACCCCAAUGGGGUGCAACUGUACAGCAAUUGCAUUCCCGCUGUUCUGUACGGAAAGCCAUUUCUAAAGAACGGUAUUAACAAAGGCAUUUUGAAAAGCCUUGGGGAACUAGAAGCAGGCAGAAAAUGAUGCUGUGUCAUGUCCUCUGUAACAGUUGGUGACAGGCUGAUCAUUGCUCUGCCCAUGACAUUGGUCCUGUUAAUUCUGCCGCACAGCCCUAGUGAGUCUGUAAAGUAAGUGCUAAGUGUCACUGAAGUUAAUCGUGGGCUUUGCUUCAGGGACAAGGUUGUUAGCUUUUUCCAGGAUCAACCCCUACUGUCCUACUCUUAAAUACCUGUUUUUGUAAUACACAGAGAUCAUUUUAACGGAUCCCACUGAGUAGUUUAUAAAAACUAAUUAGAUAUCAUUGUGCAUAUUACACGUCCAAAAGUUGCAGUUUGAGUCUGCAAGCCUGACAACUUUGCUUUUAACUGUAUAUGUUAGCAUAUUUCUAUUUCUGUACACAUUCCAUGCUGCUUUUGUGAAAGAGUAGUGGUACUUUAGAGCAUGAAAUCUGGCAUCUUUUUUUCUUAUUAUUCUUAAACGUUACAGGGAACCAUAAUGUUGCAGUUAUAAUUAAAGUCAUCGUUCGGAGUUGUCGGUUAUAGAGCCUUAAGAGAUUAGAAUUCUUUUGAGACCCUUUGCCACAAUUGUAAAACAAAGGGUGACGAGUCCAAAUUGGUAUCCUUUGGCAAAAGCAAUUCCUGUGGCUCAGCCUGCCAGCCCAGAUUUUGUGUUAUUUAUGUCCACAAGAUACAUCAAGCUUUUGUUAAGCAUUUGUUUUGUGCUAGACCUCUGAGCAGGUCCUUCCUUGCUUACUAACUGCUUACGCCCUUAUUUGUGGGGUAUUUGUGGUUACUAUCCACCUGACUGGCAAAAAUGAGCUUUUUGGGAACAGUGCAAGAUACUUUGAGAUAAGCGGCCAACUUUUUAAACUUACGUGAACUAGUGAAUACCUGAAGUUCUAGAUCUAAAGGUGUGCUUCUCUUCACUACCACUCUUUCAAGAAGAAUCUAAAAAAAUCGAAAUCUAAAAAUCUAAAAUGUCUUUUUAAGCAGAUUGUAAGGGAACACAGAAGUCUUACUUUUAAAGUUGACAAGGCUUGUUACUACAGUGGCAUCUGUGAAGUCCAUUUUUUUUAACCCCACUUUAACUUAUUUUAGGAGUCCAUUUAAUUUGAUUAUUAUACAAACUCCUUUCUAUUACUUCAAAAAAGCAGCUUUCUUGGGUUCAAUGAUAGUCAUACCAGCCCUUACAAAUGUGAAUGAGUUGCUGAACAAUUUAAGAAAAUAUUGAAAAAGUGCUCCUAAAUUGUGGUAAAAGUUAGUAAAUGAGAUUUAAGGAGAAAAUUACAUUGAUAUAUAUAAAAAGAAAGCAACAAGUCUUGAAGUAUAGCCAAGCCUUUACCUAUGUCAGUAAAGAUUUGUGCAAUAUCUUAUCUCAGUCAGUUGACCUCGUUGUGAGGUACUACCCUUGAAUCUGUUAUUGAAUUAUUUAACAUUUGUUCUUUUGUUUUUAAAGCAAGAGUCAAUGCAAGUAACAUUUUAAAUCAGCGUGCUAAAGUGUGCAUAUUCUGUAUAUCUACUAUAUAAUUGGUGUCUCUUGUUUCUGUAAUGCAUUUGCAUUACUAUGAAUCAAUUUUAUUAUGCUUCUCUAGAGACUAUUGCUGCCUGCACGCUGUGAUAUAUUUGCACUGCUGUAGAUAUAUAUACACACACACAUACACAUACACAUAUAUAAUGAUAUUAUAUCAACCAUGUCUUUUUCAGGUUGCUUGUUACCUCUGUAGUUUAUGCUUACUGGUACAGUGGACCUGAGUAAAAAUGUGGGAUGUGGGGCAUUCUGAUGAUACAUUACAAUAAUAGAGAUAUCUUUGUAUAUUUCUGUAUACUUAAUACCUGUGAGAGAUUUGUAUGUGCAUUAUUUUCCAAACUAGGGCUUUGUUUUCUCAAAAUAGAGAACAUUUAUGAUAAUGUAACAAAAAAG